AUGUGGAACUCGAAGUUCGACCCGAUCGAGCGCCCUUACACGGCUCCGGAGUUUCCGCAGGGUUGGGGUGAUGCUGAUGUAUUGAGAUUAACUAAUCCUGAUGUCGAUAUUGCAGAUAAUAUCAACUUUGCUGGACAGUCUGUUGAUGCACAUGGUCGUAUCGUCGGUGAGAAGGGGUAUGGAAAGGUCGAGGGUGGGAAAGUGCUUAUCGGCGCAGGGGAGGUUGCUCUGGUCAAGCUACAGACAUGA